AUGGCCUCGCAACUACCGGCGUUCCCCCGCACUGUCUUCACUAUCGUAGAGCCUAUCUCUCUUAUUGGUGGCUUUCUCGGGCCCUUCUUAGACCCCGAAUGGUUUAUAGCCUCACAAAUUGACGCUCCGGAUGGCAGUAAUCUCGCUCCGCGAGAUGAUAAUGCGCGUCUAAUCGCCCUCCAGUUAGGAAACACAUAUGGGCUCCUAUUCCUUCUUGGAGUAGCUGUGCUAUAUACUACUACCGAACUCAAGGUUGUCCGUAACUAUCUAAUCGCUCUAUGGAUCGCGGAUAUAAGUCACGUCGGCGUUACGUGCUGGCUACUUGGGUACGAUAGGACGUUGGACGUGGGUUCGUGGAACGCUGUGACCUGGGGUAAUGUUGGGUUUACUACUUUCCUAUGUUUAACUCGUACAGCUUACCUUCUUGGGCUCUUCGGCCCAAACCGCAAAGCCGUCGCGACAUCAAAAAAGGUUACUUGA